AUUUCCACCCCGUCCCCACCGUCCAGGGUUCACUUGAUCUCUCGCGCCUUCACUCGAGCUCGGAUCACGCUCUCGUUCACUUACAAAUUCAGUGCCAACCAUCCUUCAAGUGCACAAGAUCUUCCGACUUUCUGUCACUCUAAUUACCUACACAUCCAUCACACAUCCACCAUGGCUCCUCGACAAGUUUUUUGCCAUAUUUGCGGCAAUCGAAUCACAGAUACGGGCGAUGAUGAAAAAGAUUGGCUGCAAGAAGCAAUCGCGAUGACUACGCGUCAUCAAACUGAGAACGGUUUUGAAGAUGAUAAUUACUUCAGAUCUCCAGCCAGCAGUUGCUAUGGUUUCGAUUUGGGCAUUGAUCCGCCAGACGAAGCUGCAAGAGUUGUGAAACGCUGCAGGGCGUCUUACAGCUACGAUGCUGGCCCUCACUUCAAUCUUCUGGACUCCGAUAACAAGGUUGAGAUAUGCUCUAUCGGUAACAACAACGACAGUGGCCCACUUUAUCUCGCGGUACACGACAAUUGCUUGCAGCUUUCAGACCAUUUUAUCCAAAAAGUCUCCACGGAUCCGCUAGCCGGAAGCAUCACGUCGCUGCUGAAGCUCUGGGAAGUCCUCUACCGUCGAGUGAAAGCUUUCGAUGGGACAUAUGCUCAAGAGCCUCACGAAUUCUUUGCAGCAGAUGGCUACAACGCUCGCGAAUCGCCUGGAGAUAUGGAACAUUCUGAAGAAUUUGCUGUAUAUGAGAUAAUCAAAGCAAAUCCCUUGGAGAUACCGGACCUGACAGAUUCGAUCUUGAAGAACCUCCACCCUGUCGAGCAACACGAGAAUUACAGUGCUCGUUCCCAUGACCAAAGCCAGGAUCAGUGGUGCAAUGCUCUGGUUCAAAGCGCCGGUCUCCCGUGGCUCUAUGACCUGAACACCGCGAUAAUUCGUUCAAAGCAGCGCUCAGGGCAAUGGGACUGGAAAGCACUCGUAGUCAAACUCAGAAAUCCCGACAUUCAUCUGCCGGGCGACCCGUCACUGCAGCUUCCCCCCUCCCUGCGCAAUCGACGCAGGAUAUGGCGUAUUCUUGAACUUGCGAGAGUCAACGAUAUUGCAAAGAUCAGGAUUGAGGCUAGAAUGACUGGUCGGUAUGCUUGGAUGUAUGGUGGAGUCACCAAUCCACCGUCGGCACAUCCAUCAUACGGGUAUGAAACUCUACCUCUCCGGACACAGCCCCUACCCCCACAUUCGGCCAGCGGCUUUCCUCCACCUUCAGGCUCGCUGCUACGUCCGCAGAGUGCUACAAACAAUCUGCCUACGUCUUACUACCAAGAAGCAAUGAAGAAUCGUUCGCCAGGUUUCGUAGGGCCACCACCGAGCCAUGCGGAGUAUCUAAAAAAUCGCCCUUUGCGAUUUCCCAAACCACUACUAUUCUCCCGUAAGAUAACAAACCUUCCAGACCUAGUAUCCUCAGAACUUCCGGUAUCGUCAAGCAUCACCUCUGAAGCUGACCUUGAGCCUUCGGAAUCCUCCACGAGAGGCACGGAUGGACCACUCCUUGAAGGUACAGUGCAGCAAUCCCCUCCCCAAGAAGAAUCCGAGUAAGUUGAGGCGAGUGCCAUGUGGAUGCACAGCUUGACGGCGCUUUCAAUUCAACAUGGGCAUCGUCGUACUGGCAUCGGCCUACUUGGCGAUCAGACUAAGUUAAGCGUUUUGUAUCACA